AUCUCUCUAUUUUCCCGCUUUCUCUUUCUACAAUGGCUACUUCUACCGUCGUGUUGAUGCUCGUGGCUGCAUUGUUGGUGAGCUCCACCGUGGCUCAAUCUCCGGCUUCUUCGCCGGCUUCGUCUCCGACGAAGUCGAGAGUGGCAACUUCGCCCAAGUCUUCAUCAUCGCCGUCACCGGCGGUUUCUCCUUCCUCUAAUUCACCGGUGUCCUCUCCUCCUACUCCGGUGGAGAGCGGUCCUUCUCCUUCACCGGCCGCCGUCAACUCUCCUCCAUCUCCUCCUCCGGCUUCCUCUGAGUCUCCAGCUGGUGCUCCUGCCGUCACUCCCUCGUCGAUCUCCGCUCCGCCAUCCGAAGCACCAGCACCGGCCACAAACGGUGCCGCUUUGAACAGAUUCGCCGUCGCCGGAUCUGCUGCCGUCGUUGUUUUCGCUGCGGCGUUGCUGAUGUAGUGAGAGAGAGAGUUGCGUUUGAGUUUAUGAAUUAUUAUUAUUUUUUCAUUCUUUCUUUUAGUUUCUGUUAUCACGAAU